CAAAGCAUAAUCUUCAACGGUUUUCUGUAAACGUUCGUCUGUCCGGUGUCGAGUGAUUAUCUAAAAAUAAUUCAACAAAAAUUACUCUUUGCAAUUAAUUUAUCGGGCUGUGCAACUUUAGAAAUAGAGUGAAUAAAUAUCUACAAAACGGCGGCCGCCGUCUAGAACUUACCUCCUACGUAAUGGCGCCAACAAGGUUGGCUACAAAGCCGAUCGGCGUCAAUGAGAACUUGAAUGGCAUUUUGACCCAUGGGAUAACGACGAGGAGUAAGCAGUUGGCUUCUCUGAAAAGCCAUAAAGAUGGCUUGAAAGUCCCGAAUAAAAGAAAAGCGGAUAGUCCGCUAAAAGACAUGACUGCAAAAAGGGCGGCAUUUGGAGACAUCACGAAUGCUAUCAACAAAUCCUGUGCUAACAAUGACAAAGACAAGAUUUUGGCGGCAAAAAAAGUCACAGUGGAGACCAAGAUGCUCCCAACACUCAAGAGCGUCAAGCCACAAACCAUACUCAAUGGCAAAAUAUCCAAAAGCAAGACCCUGCAGAGGGUAGCUACAAAUGCCUUGGAGUCUGUCCAGAAACAUUUCACUAAGGACACAGCCAAACCAAUCUCAACUCGGGCUCAGAACGGAAUCCUCAAGAAUAUUGACAGAAAACUAGUGGAUAUUGACAGAAAACCAGUGGGAAAGGAAAACCAGAAUCACAGCCAGACGUCCGUGAAGUCGGCGAAAAGUGACGUCUCUGGGGAGCGCUCUCUAUACACAACUGCAUUGGAAAAUAUCAGCCCUUCUGAUUCUACAAAAGAAGAAUACAAAACCAUUAGCGAACAACUAGACAAGGUGAACCUGGAUGACACCAUCAACAGAUCCCUGGACGUAGAAACAGAGACCCCACACAAGGCCCCCAGCGAUGUGGUAGACUUCGACCAGGAAAACUGGAAUGAUCCCUUCCAGGUUUCACACUACGCCAUGGACAUAUUCAACUAUUUAAAAAGUAGAGAGCGGCUAUUCCCCAUCGACGACUACCUGCAGCGGAUGAACGGCAUCACGUCCUGGAUGCGAGCUCUUCUCGUGGACUGGAUGGUGGAGGUGCAGGAGAGCUUCGAGCUGAACCACGAGACGCUGUACCUGGCCGUCAAGCUGGUUGACCUGUUCCUGGCGAGAUCCUCGCAGCGCCCGCAGCGCCCACAGCUCAGCAAAGAGGAGCUGCAGUUGUUAGGAGCGUCGGCGCUGUUCAUCGCUUCUAAGUUUGACGAGCGCAUCCCGCCGCUAGUAGACGACUUCCUGUACAUCUGCGACGGCGCGUACACACUAAGCCAGCUUCUCAAGAUGGAGAUGAACAUCCUGCGCGUCAUUGACUUCGACCUGGGAGUGCCGCUGUCCUACCGCUUCCUACGGCGGUAUGCCCGGUGCGCCCGCGUGUCGAUGCCGACGCUGACGCUAGCUCGCUUCGUGCUAGAACAGUGCCUGCUAGACUACUCGCUGGUGUCGCACUCCGACAGCAAGAUGGCGGCCGCCGCGCUGUAUCUCGCGCUGCGCAUGAAGGCGCUCGGCAGCUGGACGCCCACGCUCGCCUACUACACAGGAUACACGCUCCAAGACAUCUUGCCCAUCGCGAUGGCGCAGAACGCUACGCUUCACAAGAAACCCAAAUCGGCCAUCAGCACAGUACGCAACAAAUACUCGCAUACGAUAUUCUUCGAAGUCGCCAAAGUACCUCUCGUCGAAGACUCCACGCUCAGCAGUUGAGGCUCACCGACACUUAUCACGCUGUAAAAACUUUUCAGGUGGGUCCCAAUCAUCCAAUCCGUUGUACAAUUGCUUCGUGUGUAGCGAUACCAGUGAUCGAAAUCAAAUAGCUUCGUAAGCGCCAGUGUGUUUGUUUACGCCUUUCGCCGGAACACUCGAAUCGGGCUAGGGAGUAGCGUUUAUUAGUUAAUUAACAAAUUUUAAUCUAAGGCGCCCCUCGGACGCCGAGCUAAUGUAAGAUGGGCGGUGCCAGCGCCGCGCUCUCUGGCAAACUCUUGAUUAUGAUCCGCCAAAUGGAAGUUGACUAAAAAUUCGUAUAAUCGAAUCUCAGUUUGUGAAUAACCGGCGCAUUCGCUGCCGAUGUAAAGUAUUAUUCCUACGUAUUAUAGGACAUUUCAGUCAAUUUUCGCUCGUUGGAUACGAUCGAUAGAUUGCCGCGCCUCAACCGAGAGCGUGGAGCCGCCGCCGCUAAAGUAGAACAAACUAGUAAUGUAACUAGAACAAUUAAGAAUUAGUGUUGACGAUUUACAUUUUAAUGCGGCGUUUGCAUUAACGCGAUUGUUAUAAUAUUGAAAGUCGAUAUUAGCGUUUUUAUGCAAAGUUUAUUUACAACUUUUCUCAAAAGAAAGACUGAUAAAUUCUGCAAACGACGACGAGUCGGUUUCGCCGCUUUGGAGCAUCGUCUCCUGAAUGCCGCCCGGCAUCGAUCCCACCAUUGAC